AUGGUGGCCACCACUUCUGUGCGCGGCACUGUGACGCCUCCAGGGCCCGGUGAAGCUGAUAUUGAGGACAGCAACGUUUCUAGUCCUCUCAGUGAGGUUGAAGACGGCGAAGCCAAUGAUGAGGACAUUGAGCACAUGCGGAUGAACGGCCGCAACAAUGACGCCGACAACUCGAAUGCCAGUGGGGAUGACCAGCCAGAAGCCGACACCAAGAAUGGCGCAUCUGACUCCGAAAGCGCUCUAUCCGAUGCCCAUUCUGACGACAAUUCAGAGGCCAAUGAUACCGAGGCUGAAACAGAAAGGCUUUACGACACACCGCGGAACCAACGACGACGAGACGUGGUAGUUGAUCAGUACAACCAAGGCCAGAUUUUCGAACACACCCCUAGCAAGCUAAGAAGCGCCUCCGGGUUGAUUGGCGAUGAUGAUAACAACCGAGACGACGAUUCAUUGUCGGCCGACGAUGCGUCAGUGGUCUCUGGCGACGAUUCUCCUACGAAACCCUCUGCUAGCAAAGACACUAGUGUCGACGGCGACGCCAAACGAGACUCACAAGAGAGGAAAAGAAAGCGUUCGCCCAUGGCAGACCAAUCCGAGUCAGAUCAGCCGUUGCGAAAGCGAAUCACUUCACUCGGAGCCGCCGAGACUGGUGCGGACGUGGAUACCUCCAUUGACGACGACACAACGCCGGCGAUCCCCCAAAGCGGGGAUCAAUCUGCCGGUGAAGAGGACGACAUCUCUGCAGCAAAUCAAGACGCACCCACCGACGGUGAGCUCCCGGAGAAGGAAUCUCGAGUCCCUAAAAAACUUACGCGAAACGGUUCCAAGAGGAAAGGAGGCUCUGGUGAUAACUCACCUAGUGACACACCUGGGCCCGACCCCAAUGGCGAACAAAUAGACGUCGUGGAAGAUGAAGACACGGAACAGAGAAUUCAAGAUGUUGAGGGCGACACAGACGAAGCUGAUCUGGCUGCCAAAAGCAUUGAGGAGGCUGAGAAAAAGAACGCGGCUUUCAAGGAUUGGUCUCAUAUUGAAGAAAUGUUUGGGUUAUUUAGAGACAGACUAUACAAAGACCGUCUACAACGACUUGAGGAGGAAGAGCAAUCAUUGCUUGCACCCGUUCCGACGCACCCCGAGUAUCUAAAUAUGAAGCAAUGCUUAGAUGACCGGUUAGACAAGAGAGUACGAGAGAUGAACCACGAACUCGUCUUUCGAAUCGAGGCCCACGAACGACGUGCCGUGGCAAUACGAGCCCAAGUUUGGAGCCAGUAUUUUCAGGCUGUUCGAGAAAAACGCGAGGCUGCGCUGGAAUCACUCAACCGUCAAUGGUACGAGGUUCAAACAGCGAGAAGGACUGCGCAUAGUCUCCCAGAUUAUGGGCUACUCUUCCCCAAAGACCACGUGCAACGAGUACGAAAUGCGGUUGCGUACAACACAGAAGUCUCCACUCUGGCGGGAAUUGCCAAAUAUGAGGGCUUCCCUGCCGGCCCUGAACUAAAAGGGGCAUCGGCAGCGGAGGUGGAUGCCGAUUUUGGCGCUAUCGAGCAAGUCCGACGGAGCCGGCAGAGAGGUACAGCUCACUUGCGAGAUGAUUACCCGAACCCUACAUUCAGUCGUUUAGGUCCCGCGGGAGAGCAGUUCAUUAAGGACACGCCAUGGGCGAACCCGAAGCACUCUUCCCACAAAGCGCAUCAGCAAUUAGCAGUUCAUACUAACAGCCGACAAGCAGUGACGGCCUCAGAUAGGCGGCCGAAUCAACACACAGCUCAUGCGCCAACUGCGCAUGCAGAGGCGAAAACGAUGAUUGAUAGCCAUACGCCAAUUCGCAAGUCGCCUGCUGUGCUUCAUCAGAUGUCCGAACCACCUGAGCUAUCACGGUCCGUAUUAAGCCCCGCAGCACACCAGAUGAAGCGAGUUGCAAGUAUACCAAAUAUUGGCAGAAGCUCAAAAGCUGCAGCUGUAUAG